AUGGGGCCAGUCGCCUACUUCAGCCUCUGCCUCCUCGGCUGCCUGAUCUAUAACCCCUCACUGGCAGGGGCACAGGCUGGGCCCUGUCCCAGGGGCUGGCUACUCUUCCAAGGCAACUGCUAUGGAUACUUCCCCCAAGGGAAAACCUGGCUAGAGGCUGAGGCUAAGUGCCAGGACCUCGGGCACAGGACCCAUCUCACCUCCAUUCACAGUGCUGGAGAAAUAAAUAUGAUGGCCCAUUACAUCAAGCAGUACCGGAAAAGUUACUUUUUUGCCUGGAUCGGACUGUUCGAUUUUGAGCAGGAUCGAGACUGGAGAUGGUCAGAUGAUUCUUCAUUCAACUUAAGAGCUUGGGAUAAGGGGCAACCCAAUAAUCUGACAGGAGACGAGCACUGCACAGUGUUAUUUUACGAUACAGGUUUUCCGAAAUGGCACGAUUAUCCCUGUGACACCAAAUUCUCUUUCAUUUGUAAGCGCAAAGCCUAA